GGGGGCCCUGGCCUGGGUACGCGAGGACCCCACUGCCUCGCACCAUGGCAUGGAGGCUGCCAGGCCACGUGGAGGGGCGGGGCCCGUGUGGAGGGGCGGUGCAAGGGCUGGAGGGGCGGGACUGGGAGGAGCAGGGCAGGGGCUGGUGGGCGGGGCAAAGGCCAAAGAGGCGGGGCUGGUGGAGGCAGGCAAUGGCUGGCGGGCGGGGCUAGCUGGGCGGGGCUAGCACCACAGGCCCCGCCCCGCCCCAUAGAGCGCCCUCCCACCGCCCAGCGCGGCCGUUGCCAGGGGAGCGGGGUGGGCGUUGCCAUAGCGACGGGCGGCGGCCGCCGAGCGGAGCGGGAUGGUGAGCACGGCCUGUCGCGGCGCACCGGGCCCGGGACCCCGCUGUACCCCGCGCCCCCGCCCCCCGGCCCCCGCCGCCGCAGCCCCACCAUCGCCGCUCUCCCCCCCACAGCCCGCCGGCCGUGCCCCCAGCCGGCCCCGCGGCCGAUGCGGGAGGAGGGCCCGGAGCCCCACGGCAGAUGAGACGCUGUUCGGGGAGAGCCGGAGCCCGCAGCAGUCAUGCCCCGGCAGCCCCAUCGUGAUCCUUCGGGAUGUGCAGACUGCCGCAAAAGCGUCGCCCGCUGGUGGGCACAAGCCCACAACCAUUCGUCUCAUCACCAAGGACUUGAUCCGUGACCUCGUCGUCCCUGCGGAGAACCCAGCAGCAUCCCUCAUCAUUGGUUGGGAGGAUUUCCAGCGCAUUAAAGAAGCAGCUCAAGUCCUGACCAAGGAAGAACGUGAGGCCAAGCUGGCAGCCCUCAAAGCAGAGAAGGAAGCUGUUCUUGAGGCAGUGAGUGAGCGCAAGAGCGUGGCGAAGCAAAGGGCUGUCCUGCAGCAGCAGACGGGGAAGCUGAGCGAGCUGGAGGAGGAGGCGCGGGAGCGGGCCCAGUACCUGCUGCAGCGAGCAAGCAGGAUGCGGAUGGAGCAGGAAGACGAGAUCAAGGAGUUCAGUGAGCUGAUCCUCGGUGCCAAGUGCCACAUGAUCCGUGACACGCAGAUCCUCGAGAAGCAGCUCAUCGCGAAAGAGCUGGAGGAAGAAGAGAAGCGCCUGGCCAAGAUGAUGGAGGUGGAGAGGAAAAAGGCUGAUGAGAUGCAGGAGGAACUGGAACGCAGGAGGAAGGAGGAGCUGAUCAGAGGGAGGCAGGAGCUUGUGAAGCAGAUGGAGCAGAACGCAGAGGAGCAGGCUAUGAGAGCCGAGCAACGGGACCAGGAGGCACAGGAGCUGCUGGAGUACUUGGAGCAGCUGAAGAUGGAGGACCUGAAGGACUUGGAGCGGAGACAGGAGCAACAGAAGAAAAUCCAGGCUGAGAUUAAGCGCAUCAAUGAUGAGAACCAGCGGCGCAAGGAGGAGCAGCGGGAGCAGGAGAGGAUGGCAGACGAACGGGUGCUUGAGUACCAGAGGCAGAAGAUGGAGCGUGAAGCCAAACUUGAAGCUGAGCAGGAGAGAAUCCGUCGUGAGAAGGAGAAAGAGACGGCACGACUGAGGGCCAUGCAAGAGAGGGCCCAGGACCACCAGGCAGAGCAGGACGCACUGAGGGCCAAGCGCAGCCAAGAGGCUGCCGAGCGAGAGUGGCGGCGCAAGGAGAAGGAGGCGGCACAGAGGAAGGUCGAGGUGGAGCAGAUGCUGAAGCGGAGCCGCCUGGAGCAGAUUGCCCAGCGAAAUCACAGCAUGGCCGUGCAGGUGCAGCAGGACCGCCACGAGUUCGAGAGGGUCCUCAGGGCCCAGCAGGAGCAGAUGGAGAAGGAGAAGGAGGAGGAAGCGCGGAGGGCAGGUCUGCAGCUCGCCCAUGCUAACGAUGUCCGGCGCCAGAUGCGGGAGCGUCAGCAGCAGCUGGCGCAGGAACGGGUGGCUGCUUUCGAGGAGUGCCAGCGGCUGGAGGAGGAGGCCCGCCAGCGCAGCCAGCGCAUUGCCCAGCUCAAGCAGCUGAAGAUGCAGGAGCUCAGAGCCUCCGGCAUCCCUGAGAAGUACUGCGCCCAGGUGGAGCGGAGGGCCCGGAGCCAGGCUCAGCCCCAUGAGAAGUGGAGGUCCAGUUCCCCAGCAACUUAGGGGUUUCCAUUUUCUUAGGCUGAGGUUUCUAUGAACAAAGAUGUUUAUGGA